AUGGACAAUAUCGACGAGGAAUAUGACCGACUCGUUGAAUACCUUCAAGACUGCGCAAAGAAGGCUGAGAGUUUUAAAACCACCAAGAGACACUUGUCCCUUGAAAUUCUUGAGUUGAUACGCCAGCGUGGAGCGGCACGAGCCGCAGGAAAAACUCACGUCCGAGCUCGCAAGGCUUUGCAGAGAGACGAUAAAGGAGGACCUUAA